AGCGGAAGUGCCGGCGGCGGGAGGAAGGUUGGCGCUUGGGCUUCGCCGGUGUGUCCCGAAACUCUUCCCUGGAGCGAGUGCUGGAGGGAGGCGGGGCUGGAGAGCUCCGAGGGCACCGCGAGCUGCGCGCAGCGGGCCGCCGACCUCCUCUGGAGCUCCUCUGGAGGGGCGGCGCUGUUCUGGCCACAUCGCACUGCUCUUUGUCAACUCUUGGCUACAUCUCUGCCGGGCCCGGCGUAGCCGCUCCGAUACUCGCCUUCUCUGGUCGGGAUGGACGAGGAGAGCCUGGAGACAGCCCUGCAGACCUACCGGGCUCAGCUGCGGCAGGUGGAGCUAGCGCUCGGUGCCGGCCUGAAUGCGUCCGAGCAGGCGGACCUGCGCCAGCUGCAGGGCGACCUUAAGGAACUGAUCGAACUCACCGAGGCCAGCCUGGUGUCUGUCAGGAAGAGCAAGCUGCUGGCCUCGCUGGACCAGGAGCACCCUGCGCAGGAGGAUGCCGAGUACCUGGCUUUCCAGAAGGCCAUUGCAGAGGUAGUAGAGACUCCCGCGGCCCCCGGGGCCGACUCGGAGACGCUCCCAGGGAGAGAGGCGCGGCCCGGACCCGCCUCCCCUGCGCUGGAGGAAGAUGAGGACCCGGACCUGGAGGAACUGAGUGGUGCCAAAGUGAACGCCCCCUACCACAGUGCGUGGGGCACGCUGGAGUAUCACAACGCCAUGAUAGUGGGAACCGAAGAGGCUGAGGAUGGUUCGGCCUGUGUUCGUGUGCUCUACCUUUACCCCACCCACAAGUCACUGAAACCCUGCCCGUUCUUCCUGGAGGGAAAGUGCCGCUUCAAGGAGAACUGCAGGUUCUCCCAUGGGCAGGUAGUGUCUAUAGAUGAGCUGCGCCCCUUCCAGGACCCAGACUUGAGCCUGCUACAGGCCGGCUCUGCGUGUCUGGCCAAGCACCAGGAUGGCCUCUGGCAUCCAGCACGGAUCACUGAUGUGGACAAUGGCUACUAUACAGUUAAGUUUGACUCACUGCUACUGAAGGAGGCUGUGGUGGAAGGGGACAGCAUCCUGCCCCCUCUGCGCACAGAGGCUACAGAAUCAUCUGAUUCAGACAGUGGUGAUGCAAGUGACUCCAGCUAUGCCAGAGUGGUGGAAUCCAGCAUUGUGGACACUGGGACCUGCAGUUCUGCCUUUGCUGGCUGGGAGGUACACACACGAGGCAUUGGCUCCAAACUCCUCAUCAAGAUGGGCUAUGAGUUUGGCAAGGGUCUGGGACGACAUGCAGAAGGCCGGGUGGAGCCCAUCCAUGCUGUGGUAUUGCCUCGAGGGAAGUCACUGGACCAGUGUGCAGAGAUACUACAGAAGAAGACAAAGGGAGGCCAGGCUGGGACCAGCAGGCCCCCACGGUGUCAGAGGAGUGGUGGUAAACCUGAGGGCCGUCCACCCCCUCGGAAUGUGUUUGACUUUCUGAAUGAAAAACUGCAGAGCCAGGCUUCCGGGGCUCCAGAUGCUGGGGUGGAUACCUCGGGCAGGAGGAUCAAGGACAUGUACAAUGCCAGCAAGAGUGCCAAGCAGGCUCUGAGCCUACAGCUCUUCCAGACUGAGGAGAAGAUUGAACGGACCCAGCGGGACAUCCGGGGCAUCCAGGAAGCCCUUACCCGGAAUGCUGGCCGGCACACCGUGGCAACAGCCCAGCUGCAGGAGAAGCUGGAGGGAGCCCAGCGGCAGCUGGGUCAGCUGCGUGCUCAGGAGGCCGGCCUGCAGAGGGAACAGCGAAAGGCAGAUACCCACAGGAAGAUGACGGAGUUCUAGCAGUCUGCCUGUAUUGUGGAUGGAACCCUGGGAUCUAGCUCCUAACUACCUUGGCAGAAAGACAGCUGUCACUCUGACUCCUAGAACAGCCCCCUGAAGAAGGGCCAGUCUGUUCCUAGGCUGCCCCUUGUUCAGCCUUGCCAGUCUGGAGUGGACACUACUGAGUGGAGAUGGGGCUGCAGGCUCACUUUUGGACACUUACCUACCCCCAAGCCCACCUACCAGUGUCUUGGGGUAUCUCCUUAGUGAGGACAUUAAAGUGAUUUCAUCAUAAUUUUA